CACAUCUUUUGGUCAAUGAUCCAGUACCGCCGCCAUCAGCCGCGGAUGCACCAUAUUCUUCUCCGUGCAACACACAGUUUUCCUCUCCUCAACUCUUGUACGACCGAGUAUUUUAAUCUUUUUUUGCGUCGCAAUCGCCCAGUUCUUUCCCUCCCAACUACCCACCGUUGCCUCUCCGCUACUAGCAUAACACACGAGACCAUGCGCUGGAGGCUGCGAUUCUGCAUUCCAUCACCGUGAGACCCUGCCAGCGGGGUAGCCCGGCUCCAGCAGCUACGCCCGAAAGAGCAUCUCCCCUACCGAAGCCCAUCUCCGACGAGUUGACGACCUACCACCGACUUUCGAAAGCACAACUCGACGACGCUGCCGUCACUGCUGCAAACCCAAUCUGCUGCACCCGGUAGCGCACCUUUGUAGCAGGCCACAAACGCCGACGACAGCGACGGCGACGGCGACGACAAACUACGACGCGCCCGACCUCUAUCCCGAGCUCAUCAUGGCCCGUAACAACGCUGUCCGGGUGGCUGCCACUUCCCGCACAGCCUCGUCGGGUUCCUUCCAUGCUGGCGCCCCAAUUCCCACCCUCGGGGCUAUUGAGUCCAGCCGAAGAAUCCUGAUACGCCGCCAGUCCACACAUCGAUACCAUACCUUCCCGACGCCCCCUCCCAAGACGCCUCGCGAGCAGUCCUCGGCCGAGCUCUUCCCACAUUCCGACGACGGCUCCAACGCCUCCGACGACGGCCAUGGACAGACUCCUCUACCCGUUAAACAGCUUGCCCUACUCGCUUUCCUCUCCCUGAGUGAGCAGACGGCUCUCAACUCGAUUGGGCCCUAUCUUCCUCAGAUGGUCGAGUCCUUCUCCGACAUACCAGACUCCCAGACGGGUCUUUAUGUGGGCAUUCUGGCCUCGGCCUUUGCCUUGGCACAGCUGUCGACCAAUCUGCUCUGGGGCUAUCUCUCCGAUGUGGUUGGCAGAAAACCCACCAUGGUCAUGGGCACCUUUAUGCUCGCCGGCUGCUUCGUCGCAUUCGGCUUCUGCAGGACUUACUGGCAGAUUGUCGUCGUCCACGUGGCCAUGGGUAUGCUCAACGGCAAUGCCGCCGUCGUGCCAACCGUCUUGGGCGAGGUGACGGAUCGCUCAAACCAGAGUCGCGCUUUCACCUGGCUUCCCGUCAUCUACUCUUUGGGUGGCAUCACAGGUCCCGCGCUGGGCGGCUUGCUGGUCGGCACCUUGGGGAAACGGUAUCCGUACCUGGCGCCGAACCUUCUCAGCGCCGCUCUGCUACUCAUCAGCGUGCUAGUCGUCGGCAUCUGGUUCGAAGAGACGCUCGAGUCGCUCGAGCCGGAUCACGCUGCUUGGAUUCCGAACUGGGCCCGGAACGCCUGGUCUUGGGUCCAGCGACGGGUGGCAGAGCCAAGAAGAGAUUCUUGGGCUACCCGUUGGCCUCGUCGCGGAUCGCAGAUCGUCACGAGCACAUCAGACGACGAGGAUGAAGAGGAGGAGGAGGAGGAGGACGAUGUAACCGAGGAACAGCGCCUGCUCCGGCCGGGAUCGGAGAACGGCUCCGAUGUAGACAACGACGCCAAGUCCCCCAGCGACCUCGCGACGUGGCGCCAACUAUUGAACCGCAACACGAUUCUGGUGUUGUUGACUUACCUCGUUUUCCAGCUUUCCAACAUCUCGUACAACAGCCUGUACCCUAUCUUCGCCGAUGCCAAUCCGCCGACGGGCCGCGGACUGCCGCCAAGCAAAAUUGGUAUCAGCUUGAGUCUUGCUGGUGUCGCUACCAUCGUCUUCCAGGCUUUCCUCUUCCGACCACUGAAGGUUCGGCUGGGCAAUCUGGGCACCUACCGCAUUGCGCUGCUGGGACUUGCCAUCAGCAUGGCUUUGAUGCCUUGGAUUGGUUACUUGGACAACGAGCCCUUAUUCGGCGUCGGCACCGGAUCCAUAUGGCUGUACAUCGAGCUGGGAAUUAUCCUCGUCAUUAAGAACAUCUGCGCCGUCGGUGGUCUGUCCAGCGUCAUGCUUCUGAUCACGAACUGCGCCCCGAACCACGCGACUUUGGGCACCUUGAACGGCAUCGCCCAGACUCUUUCGGCAGCAGGCCGCAGCUUCGGCCCCUUUGUUUCGGGCGCUCUCUUCACCCUGUCCACGCGUGUGCACCCGAAGGGCGAGGCCCUCGCCUGGGGCGUUUUUGGAGGUAUCGCCCUCCUUGGCUGGCUUGGUUCCCUCGCCAUUCGCAACCGCGGUCUCGAGAGCGACGACUGGGUCGGCGAGGAGGACGGCACAGACGGCGAGGCAGAGCCAUAAGCCGCACCGCGUAGGGCUCAGGGCCCCGUGAGCACCGGGGCUGUGGCCAUUAAUAUUGCGCCGGAAAAGCUUAACUUGUUUACUGAGUGUGCGUAUGUGUGCGCGUGUGUAUGUGUUGAAAAUGCCCGGUAAUCAUAGCGUUGCCGAGAGCCGGGAAUGUAUAGUGCGAGACGGCUACAGCGAUGAUGAUAUGUUUGCAUUGAUAGAUGGGGCACACAUGACACCCCCCUCCUCCCUCAAAGAACGAGAGGAGGCAGAAAGUACAGCUCGGCUUUAGAUCUAAAGGGCCACUCCGAAGCUAGAUCUUGGAGAGAAAUCAGAAUAGAUUUGAUACCUUG